AUGAGUGAGUCGAAAGGUUCUACGAUUCUUCUUUUUGAUGUCGAUGGCACUUUAACAUUACCACGUCAGAAAAUGGAUCGAGCGAUGAGCAAUUUCUUGAUGGAGGUGCACAAAGCAGUACCUUUAGGGAUAGUGAGUGGCUCUGAUCUACCAAAAAUAGUCGAGCAGUUAGGAGAAAGCGUAGAAGAUGUUCUGAGUCGUUUUGAUUACUUGUUCAGUGAAAAUGGACUUGUGAGUGUCAGCAGUAAAGGGACCACGUUUCCUAUGCAGUCAAUAAAGCAUCAUCUUGGUGAAAAGCAACUGCAAAAAUUGAUCAAUUUUGCAUUACGAGAAUUUUCUGAGAUGGAUUUGCCUGCUAAACGUGGAAAUUUCAUUGAAUUCCGAAAUGGAAUGUUAAAUCUCUCACCAAUAGGCCGAUCCUGUACUCAAGAAGAGCGGCUGCAGUUCGUGGAUUAUGAUAAAAAACACGAUGUCCGUCAAAAAUUUGUCAAGAAACUUCAAGAUUUCACGGAAGGAUGGGGCCUUAAUGUUUGUAUUGGUGGCCAAAUCAGUGUUGACGUGUUUCCGUGUGGUUGGGACAAGACAUAUUGUUUGCAGUUCCUGAAUGAUUUUCACACAAUUUACUUUUUUGGUGAUAGGACUACGCCGGGAGGUAAUGACUACGAUCUGUUUAUUCAUCCUAGAACAAUUGGAUAUACCGUUAAAGACCCAGAAGACACGAGAAAACAAGUUAGAAAACUGUUGGAAUCUCUUUGA